AUGUCGUGUGCUACUGCUUUUAUCCCGCUCAGAAGGAACCAGGCGGCCGAGCCUUAUCUUGACUAUUUAGUUGCUAAGGACAUGCACUUCAACAACUAUGUUUAUCACCGUGAGACGCGACCAUUUGACGAGAUAGUUAUAUACUAUGGAUGGUUGGCAUGCGGAUCGUGUCUCAUUGCUCCUCAUCUACCCGAACGUGUCAUGCGGAAGUUCGGAUACACUCAGAUCAUUCCCAUACACCCUGUUGUGUCUGCUCCUCCCGCCAUGACACAUAUACAGAUAAAUUACAUGUUUGAUGAUUUUGAGAGUCAUUUGGUACUGGAGGAGACACAGGCUACCAUAGCUAAGAGCGACUGGAGCUACGUCGAAAGGUACAUCAUAUGGUUCUUCAGGGUGUCACAUUCGUACAUGGUGCAGGCUGCUCUAGAAUGUUAG